AAGGUUAAGGUAAGCAAUCGGAUCGACAUAAACUAUGCCAUUUUUGGGGCCGUAUCAUGUCGAUUAUGUUAUCUGAUAUGAUGGGGGGAGAAAACGACGACGAUAACAGUGAACUUAGUGAACACGCCCGAUUUUUAUGCAAAGGUGCCUUUCUCCUAACUCCAUCUCACGAUCUGAGCCUGGAUAAAGCGGCCAACAUUUGCGACAAGCUGAACUUCCGAGGCAGCUUCAGCUUGACCAAAACCGCCACUGGAAUCCUGUUCAAAUUCUCCGAACCGGACGACUACCAGCAAGUGUUCCGCAAAGGCUUUCACAAGGUCACUGGUGGGCGAUUGUAUAGAAAAGUGGCAAUCCCUUGUCGCCCUCAAAAAACCUUCUCGUUACUCGUCAACGAAGUUCCAAUUGAUUUACCAGAAGACGAUAUUAGAGCCAGUUUGUAUAGAUUUUCUUCGGUGGUUGAAGUAACCAGACUGCAGUCGCGUCUGGAUCAACCGGCAGGAACUCCUAAUCCAAUUCGAGUGACUGUGGCUUCACUAGACGAAUUCAACACUCUUCUCCAGCAAGGGCUGGACUUUUACGGAGCGACUUACUUUCCUACCGAGCCUCUGAAGAAGGACAUGCUAAAGGGAAGCAAAGAAGUGUCCAAUUCAAUUUCAGGUCUUCUGCCCGUCUUUGAUUCGGCUGGCUUUUCCAGAAUACCUCCGCCGCCCAGCCGAACUUUGAAGCCACGCUCUUAAGCCAUCUAGAACCCAAUUCUUAAGCAAUUUCCGCCCUUAACAUUCGCGUUAGUCUAAUACAUGCAUGUGUUGUAGCGUCUAAUUCUAAUCAGAUGUUGUUCGAACUGAACUUUCAAUAAAACUUUCACGAUUC